UUUUAAUAUGAAUCAAUAAUAGAAUUAGCAAGAAGGAGUCUCAUUCCCACCUUCAAAGGUUUAACAACCACAAAAAUAGUUUUAAGCCCAACAAUUCGGAUAACUUCCAUAGCCUACAACUCAACCUGCAAUAAACACAUUUGGAAGCAUUCCAUUCCAACCAACCCAAAACCAACCACCAAACCAAACACCAAAUCAAACACCAAACCUACAACCAAAACCACCCUAAACAGCAUUUAAUCCCCAGAAUAAAUUAUAAUAAUAGAACCCUCCACUAAUACCAAAUUAGUAGGCUUAAUCUGCUAUUCCAUAACCUAAUAUCCCUGGUAAUAAACCAAUAUAAUUUUAACCUCCGCAACCCUUUGUUUAGAAUCCCUAAAAUCAACCAAACUUAUAAAAGCCUCAACCUGUGCCCUUCCCAAAGACUGAUAUUAAUAAUAAUAAGCCAAUUUUUCCUCAACCUUAGAAUAACCCUUUUGGAGGAGGAAUGUAAGCUAAUCCCUAGUUUCCCAUAAACAAAUUCCCAUAACAAAUUCCCAAUAUGCCUGCUUCUUAAGUAUUUAAAUUUUCAAUAUUAAUUAGCAAAAGUAUGAACCAUUGAUAGUUAAGGAUGAGUCCGAUAAAAAAAAAUUAGUUGAAAAUUUUACAAAAUACAUAUCAGAAGGAAAUUUUAGCUGGGCUAUUGAAUGUUUGAAGCAAAUCAUAAAUAAUGAUAUCAGAGUAAAAGUAAAAGAUGGAAAAAAUAGUAAUUGAUAUUUUAAACGUGAUAUCCACAUAUAAUAUUAUGAAUAUUAA